GCACAAUGCCGAGCCGUAAAAAGAGUAUAAAUGUCGUGUUGUGUUCCGAAAACAAGCUGUUUGCAACUGUCUCGAAGCAGAAUGCGCGUGAGCGUCCUGACUGUCUUCGCCCUGGCCGCGCUCGUGCGCUUUUGUCAAGGUGAGAAGAGAGCCAGGUGUGCACAGGUGAGCUGCCUGGCCAGCUGUCUGCCUCUACCCAUGAUGAAGGACAUGAUCAAAACACUGAAGAGCAUCAGCAAGCCUUGGCCUAGUGACAGCAGACGCCACAAAAGAUUUUUGCCAAAGUUUUACAUCAAGAAGCUGAACAUCGCUGAUAUCAGCAAGAUGCUGGGAAUCUAUGAAGAUCACGUAUUCAUGAAGUUGUGGAGCCAUGGCAUAGAUUAUCCCGAGAGGUUCAUCCAUUCCUUUUACAGACUAAAAAUCAGUGUGGAACGCUGUAAGGAGAAUGGUCAAGCAGAACUCACUCGCUAUGCAAGGAAGAAGAUCAAGGAAAUGGAAGAGGCUUUCAAAAAGCUGCAAUCAACGGAGCUAUCACAAGCAGUUGGAGAUUUUGAGACAAUACUUCGUUGGAUCAGUCUUUACAUUGACAAAAAUCUGUCACACAGCAAAUGCCAGUAGUCUGUGGCUAUAAAAUAUGACUGAGUCAGCAAAGAAACAGAUGGUAGAGGUAGGGCUGGGCAAUAUGACAAAAUAUCACAUCAUCAUACUGAAUCACAAUUUAUCCUUGAUUCACAAACAGCCAGCAAUCUAGUAGCAUUUAUUAUAAUUCAUUUAUAAAAUAAAUGAAUAAAUGUUUAACACUGAGCAGUAGUAAAAGAAUAAUUCAAGAGUUUAACAUGUUAACAUUUAAACAUUGUUUAAACAAAGUACACAAUUUACAGUACACCACAUUAGCUGCUUCCAGUCGGGUUGUAAAUAAAUUUAUUGAAAGUCGUAUUAUAUCCAAGAUAUCUAAAAAAAAACAUUUCAAUGUUAUAGUGUCAUUUUGUCCGGCUCUAGGCAGAGGCUUAUAUUGUGCUUUAGGAGUAUGGCAAAUGCUGUUGCCUUUUCUUGAGACUUUGUUUGAAAUGGAAAAAUUACCCGAUCACAUUACCCUUGCUUACUUUCCUAUGAAUGUCUCAUGCAACCAGAUGGUAAUAGUAUACCAAUAGGCUCCAGUUCACUUUGCACACCUGGCAGCCAGAUGGUACCAUAAACAUGACUUCACCUACCACUGACUGAUGAGUCAAACUGUAGAGGAACCUCCACAGUUCCUCCAUUGUGACUUUUUUAUUUGGUCCAAUAACUUAACCCAGUGUCUUAGUGUUGAGUCUAUGCAUGUGGAGGACAAGGUGCGGAUCCUGCAGCUAAAUGUCAAUGUCAGUAUUUAUUGUGCUUAAAAUAAAUUAUUUUGUCUUA